AUGAAGGCUACUAUUCUCGCUGUGCAGGACAUCUUUGCUGAGCUUCAAGGCGCGUGUCUACACACAGAUCUCAUACGAGCGCUCUCCCCUCGUCCCACCCCCGCGAUUACCACCAUUCUACUCUCGCCUCGUCCGCACUCUGGCGCCGUCCCGACGCCGCGCAUUACCACUCAUGACCUUGCACCUGUGCUUAAGCCAUACCUCACGCAGGCGACAGAGCUGCUGGUCAUCUCACCCAAACAAUCCGCGACGGCCCCUCCACUUCGCGAACUCGUCCUUCGACUACCCGCGCCCUUCGCACCAUUGCACAUAACGCCGUCCGGGAUGAGCCUUCACGUCACCGUCCACGACGUCUCGGCCGCUAUCCGCGACUUCCAGACGACACCCGCAUUCAAGUCCGAGCUUGACGCCUUGAGCGCCAAUGAUCGCGAGGAUGUGAAGGCAGCAUACCAUCAGCGCGCGGUCAUGGGCACACCCUCCGGCUCAGGCCUCAUGCGCGGUGAUUUCCUCCGCGGCGCAUCUGUGCUGGGCUGCGUGCCCGUAGCCAAUGCGCCAGGAGAAUUCGAACUUGCGCUAAGUAAGCAGGCGUGA